AAAAUGGAUCGUGCUUUACUUGAAUUACAACUUCAACAAGAAGAUCUCUUUCAAACAUUUCAACGUAUUGUUGAAAACGUUAAUGUCAUCAUUGCUACAUAUGGUGAUGAUAGUGGUCCAAUGGGUGAAUUACAAGUUGAUCCAACAAAAGGUACCGUUGGUUUCGGUGCUGGUCUUCAUGGCUGGGCUUUUACCUUAAAGGAAUUUGCUGAAAUGUAUUCAUCAAAAUUCAAAAUUGAAGUUGAUAAACUUAUGAAACGAUUAUGGGGUGACAACUUCUUUUCACCAACAGAAAAGAAAUGGUCAAAAUCCGGUGGUGAUGGUUAUAAUCGUGGUUUCUGUCAAUUUGUUCUUGAUCCAAUCUUUAAAGUUUUUCGAGCUAUUAUGGAUUGUAAAAAAGAUGAAUAUUUAGCAUUACUUGACAAAUUAAACAUUAAAUUACAAGGUGAUGAUCGUGAAAAAUUAGAAGAAGGUGGAAAACCAUUAAUGAAAGUUGUUAUGAAACAAUGGUUACCAGCUGGUGAUGUCCUUCUUACUAUGAUUGCUAUUCAUUUACCAUCACCCGUUGUUGCACAAAAAUAUCGUGCUGAACUUCUCUAUGAAGGUCCACAAGAUGAUGAAGCAUUUUUAGGUAUUAAAUCAUGUGAUUCAAAUGCACCAUUAAUGAUGUACAUCUCAAAAAUGGUACCAACAUCAGAUAAAGGUCGUUUCUAUGCUUUUGGUCGUGUCUUUUCCGGUACUGUUGCAACUGGUCAAAAAGCACGUAUCAUGGGUCCCAACUAUGUACCAGGCAAAAAAGAAGAUCUCUACGUUAAAAGCAUUCAACGAACAAUUCUUAUGAUGGGUCGUUAUACUGAACCAAUUGAAGAUGUACCAUGCGGUAACAUCUGUGGUCUUGUCGGUGUUGAUCAAUAUUUAAUCAAAACCGGUACAAUUACAACAUUUGAAAACGCACACAAUCUUCGUGUCAUGAAAUUCAGUGUAACUGAUUUACCAAAAUUAGUCGAAGGUUUAAAACGUUUAGCUAAAUCAGAUCCUAUGGUUCAAUGUAUCAUUGAAGAAUCUGGUGAACAUAUUGUUGCUGGUGCCGGUGAAUUACAUUUGGAAAUCUGUUUGAAAGAUCUUGAAGAAGAUCAUGCUUGUAUCCCAAUCAAGGUUUCCGAUCCAGUCGUAUCCUAUCGUGAAACUGUAUCUGAAGAAUCCGAUAUUAUGUGCUUAUCCAAAUCACCAAACAAACAUAAUCGUAUUUUCUUGAAAGCUCGACCAAUGCCAGAUGGUUUAGCCGAAGAUAUUGAUAAAGGUGAAGUAACACCACGUCAAGAAUUUAAAGCACGUGCUCGUUAUUUGAAUGAAAAAUAUGAUUAUGAUGUAAAUGAAGCACGUAAAAUUUGGUGUUUUGGACCUGAAGGAACUGGACCAAAUCUUCUUAUGGAUUGUACUAAAGGUGUUCAAUAUUUGAAUGAAAUUAAAGACAGUUGUAUUGCUGGUUUUCAAUGGGCUACCAAAGAAGGUGUCCUUGCUGAAGAAAACGUUCGUGGUGUUCGUUUUGAUAUUCAUGAUGUUACAUUACACGCUGAUGCUAUCCAUCGUGGUGGUGGUCAAAUCAUUCCAACAGCUCGUCGUGUUCUUUAUGCUGGUAUGCUUACAGCUAAACCACGUCUCUAUGAACCAGUCUAUCUCUGUGAAGUUCAAUGCCCUGAAGUCGCCGUUGGUGGUAUUUAUGGUGUAUUGAAUCGUCGUCGUGGUCACGUAUUUGAAGAACAUCAAGUAACUGGAACACCUAUGUUUAUUGUUAAAGCUUAUUUACCUGUCAAUGAAUCAUUCGGUUUCACUGCCGAUCUUCGUUCAAAUACAGGUGGUCAAGCUUUUCCACAAUGUGUCUUUGAUCAUUGGCAAGUUAUGAAUCAAGAUCCAUUUGAUGAUUCAUCUAAGAUUCGACAAAUUAUUAAUGAUAUUCGUAAACGUAAAGGAUUGAAAGAAGGUAUUCCAUCACUUGAUGAUUAUUAUGACAAAUUAUAA